GUAGGAACACAGGCCUCCACCCCAGCCCUAAGAAAUGCCAAGAAAUUGAGUACUUCAUCCAGGGUUCAAGGUACCUAGAUCCCAAGCCAGUGAGGGACUUUGCCAUGGCAUUGGUGCAGAACAGGAUGGGAGAACUGAAUGUCCAUAAUGGCCGUCCCGGUGCAGAGCACGUCCUUAUAGAGCUGACUGUCCACCUGGCCGCUGUGCUGCUCACUGGGACAGAAGGGGUGCUUACACCUCUUCAGCAGCUUGGCCUGACUCCUAACAACAUGCAGAGAGCCUUCAUUCCCACGAUGCCUGAAGACAUGCUGGCUAUGGCCCAAAGGGUUUUAACACAGACUGGAGGCCUUCAAGCACUCACCUGGUAUUCCUGUCCUGAAGGACACCCUUGUGCUGUUGGUGAGUGUGGUCGCCCCACCCAGCUGGCACGCUGUCUAGAGUGUGGGGCAGUAGUUGGAGGGAAGAACCAUGCUCCUGUCAGAGGUUUCAGUGCUAUGGGACUGCAGCGGGGAGAUCUGACACGGACUGGUCACAUCCUAGGAGAUCCUCAGAGGAGGGACAACCCAGACUCCCAGGACACCAAAAACAUGUCCCUCACCCCCUUCACCCUCGUCAGGCUGCUCACCCAUCUAGCCAUGCUGCUAGGGGCCUCAGAGCACCCACAGUCCGUCCAGCAGAUCAUCCAGCCUCCAGUUGCUGACCCCUGUGGAUUUCUGAUCCUUCACCUGCUAAAGGAUAUGGAUCAUGUGACCAAAGCCCUGGGGAAGGGAACAGAUGGCACGGUCACCGCCAUCCACCUGAUAAUCAGAUCCAUCCUGGAGUCACCACAGACCAAUCCAUGGAUGGCUGGCUAUGAUUCCCAACUGUCAACUAAAGAGGCCAGAAAUACCUGGGAGACAACCGUUGCUACUGACAUCAUCACUCCUCAGUUGAAGCAUCUUGACCAGCGGCUGAGAGAGGUGAAUGCCACAAUCAGAAAUGACUCGCGUGUCUCCUCUAACUUCAUCAUGAGGGUGACAUUCGGGGAUGAGUGUCCGUUGUCCUCGCUACCUCGGGGCUCCCAGGUCCACUGUUCAGGAGUGUGGAGCUACAGAGAGAGGGUGUCCCUCCUCAGCCUCACCCACAUCGUAGAGCAGAACGACGGAAAGGACAAGCUCCCUCUACUAUGGAGGUUCCUACAGAAGGAGGCAGAGUUCCGGCUGGUGAGGUUCCUUCCAGAUAUCCUGGCCCUGCAGAAGAGUCUGGUGAAAAGGUUCCAGAGGUCAUCAGACUUGAUGAAUGACUCCAUUAGAGAGUUCAUCCAGAAACAGUCAGCACCGAUGAGAGUGUACUAUGAGAAACGAAUCCAGAUCUUCCUGAAUACAUGGAACUUGCUCAGAUUGUCAGUAGCCACCAGUGAAAUAAAGAUCCCAGAUGAGUUCUGGAAGGAGAAUUUGGACCAGGACAGUGACCUCCAAUACCUCCUGCCACGGCGCCAGGGUCCAGGCCUGUGUUCCACCGCUCUGCUCAGUCACCUGGUGGCCCUGCACAAUGAGCUGCUUCACGCUGUGGACCGCCACACUGGGGAAGACACCAGCUACAAGGUGAGUCUGUCAGAGCUGACAGAUCUGCAUGUGAUCCGCUAUGAAGUGGAGAAGGACCUGCUGCCCCUGGUGCUGUCAAACUGCCAGUACAGCCUGGAGCGCGGCAAGGAGACCCUGUCUGAGUACGACCUUCCCAAGAUCCAGCAGCAGGUCCUAACCCGCUUCCUGCAGGGCAAACCCCUCAUCACACUAACUGGAAUCCCGAUUUUGGUCACCAGACAUGACAGAGAUUACGAAAGCAUUUUGAAAACAGUGAAAGGAAAAGUGUCUCAGGAGCGUCUGCCGUCCCUGACCCUCACAGCCCUGUCCAGGGAUCUGGAGUCGUACAGUGAGGUGUGUGAUGCCCUGAAGGCUAUGGAGCUGGCUCUGGGCUUCCUGUCCAUGACUGGGGGAGACACCCACAUGCCCUUGGUGCGUUACCUGGAGGACACGCUCAGGAUGAGCGAGCAGACGGAACCGCACUUCUUAAAGGCUCUGGGCAGAUGCAGUCUGAAGCACUGUGUGGCUCUGUGGCAGCUCCUCUCUUCCCUCAAAUCAGAGAACAUGCUGAAGAGUCUGAAGAGGGACCCAUUCUCUGGGGUCUCGGCUGAGUACCAGAAGCACCUGGAGGAGGAGCAGAAGAAGCUGCUCCAAGGUUUCAUCACCGUGGGGAACAUCAACACCUGGCUGCUGGAGAUGCACGAGUUCCUCCUGCUGAACCUGGGGAGCCCUCGUGCCUCGGAUACCUAUGGACCACACUGGAGUGUCAAAGAGACUUUGGCUGCAUACAUGGACCGCAAAGAAGUACAAGUCCCUCCUGACGUGGAGGCUUCCUUCCCCGACGAGAUACUCCUCUCACAGAUUGUGGAGACCUGGAAAUUUACUGUGACUUACAAACAAGAAUGGAUGAUGUAAUCGAUUCCACCUGAACGUGAUUUGUAAAGGACUACACUGGAUCACCGGGGAAAUGUUAGAAUAGAACACAAGUGCUUCUGAUUGUAUGCUGUAUAGAUGUAUGUGCUUUCUCCAGUGAUCUCACAGUAUGUGCCACACUGACACACCAUACUUAGAUACUAAGAGGAUUUAUAACUGGUAUGUGGGGAAUCUUGCCUUUCUCCUUACAAAACCUGCCUUGAAUGCAACAUUUUCUCAGGAAAACAUUCCAAAUAUCAUUUUUUGCUCAGACUAUGGGGUUGGUUCAAUCCGUAUCGCUGAUGUUCAGGGCAAUAGCGCAAUUGAAUAUUAAAGGCAUUGUUACUGCGUUCACAGAGACAGCAUUCACGGUAAACGCUGCAUAUGUCGGCUCAAUUGGCUCAAUUGGAAAUGACCUUUACAUUUUAAGCGCGCCAUAGUGGUGGACUUCGGGUAAACGGAUUGAAUCAAGCCUUAUUUAAACCAAACUGUGUUUACAGAAUGUUUUAUGCAAUCAUUUUUGUUACUAGAUGUUUAUUUUGUGGGAAAUAUUUUUUACAUUAUUUGAGAGACUAACUCCAGUGCCGUUUUUAUGUUUAUGUUAUUGCUCUUUUACACAUUGUACUUUUAAAUGGGUUUAUAUUUUGGGAGAAUAUUGGUGGUUGGUGUUAUUUUAAAGUUAAUAUUUCCAAACAUUGAGUUCAGAUCAGUGCAAUAAGCAUCCGCUUGAGGGUGCUAUUGGCCCACAUUUUGUAAUUUACAGUCCUGAAGAUCUAAAAUCAAGUUAGUUAAAUACAUGACCUAGUCAUUUUGUCUGCCUGGUUUUAAUGUAUUCUGGUUGAAUAUGACUACAUUAUCUUCUUCCAUUUGUUUUAAAAAAUGUGUCCAAAUCAUGGCAUCUUGAAAUAAAAGGGCUGCUGCUGUCAA